AUGGGGGCGGCGGCGGUGGAGGCGGAUCGCACUCUCUUCGUGGGUAACCUGGAGACCAAGGUCACCGAGGAGCUCCUCUUCGAGCUCUUCCACCAGGCUGGGCCAGUAAUAAAGGUGAAAAUUCCAAAAGAUAAGGAUGGCAAACCAAAGCAGUUUGCAUUUGUCAACUUCAAACAUGAAUUAUCUGUUCCUUAUGCAAUGAAUCUGCUUAAUGGAAUCAAACUUUUUGGGAGGCCCAUCAAAAUUCAGUUUAGAUCAGGAAGUAGUCAUGCCUCACAGGACACCUAUCCCCAACAUCAAGCUGUAAGCUCAAGCCCCACCUCCACGUCUCCUACCAGAUAUGAAAGGACUGUGGAUAAUAUGACUCCAUCAUCACAGAUAAUUCAGAGAUCAUUCUCAACUCCAGAAAAUUAUUAGAGACAAGCAGUGAUGAACAAUGUUCUGAGACAGUUGCCAUAUG